CGCGCGCGCGCGGCAGCGGCUUCACUUCUCUCCGGGCAGCGGGGGCAGGAGCGGCGGCGGUGGGAGAGGCAGCGGCCGCCGCUGCUGCUCGGCAGAGACGGCAAAGGGGRGAGGAAGCCGAGAGCCAGGAGCGCGGGGGAGCGGGCUCAUGACUCAGUGAGUGGCUGCAGCCCCUUGCCAGCCCCGCGCCCGGCCGGAGUCSGGGCGACCGCGACGGAUUGUCCCGCAGCCCGUGCCCGGCACCAGCGAGAGAGAGACCUGCGCUCGCCUGCAGUGCAGCAUCUGCCAUGUCUACAGAGGGGCAGAGAGUGGAUGAUAGUCCAAGCACUAGUGGAGGCAGCUCUGAUGGAGAUCAGCGUGAAGGUGUUCAGCAGGAACAAGAAAGGGAGCAAGUUCAACCCAAGAAAAAAGAGGGCAAAAUAUCAAGCAAAACAGCUGCUAAAUUGUCAACUAGUGCUAAAAGAAUUCAGAAAGAACUUGCAGAAAUUACAUUAGACCCUCCUCCRAACUGCAGUGCUGGACCCAAAGGAGACAACAUUUAUGAAUGGAGGUCAACUAUACUGGGGCCUCCAGGGUCUGUAUAUGAAGGUGGAGUUUUCUUCCUUGACAUAACCUUUUCACCGGACUAUCCUUUUAAACCACCCAAGGUAACGUUCCGGACAAGGAUCUACCACUGUAACAUUAACAGCCAAGGCGUCAUCUGCCUGGACAUUUUAAAAGACAACUGGAGUCCGGCGUUAACCAUUUCUAAAGUUCUCCUCUCCAUCUGCUCCCUCCUCACAGACUGUAACCCAGCUGACCCCCUGGUUGGAAGCAUUGCCACUCAGUACAUGACUAACAGAGCAGAGCACGACAGAAUGGCCAGACARUGGACCAAGCGAUACGCCACAUAGGAACCUCCUCUAGGAUUUGCUGGACCUGUGCAAGCACAUUCACUAAGUGCAUCAAUAGCCCUUCCCUUCAUUCUUAUUUUUUAUUAAAUUUUGAACCAUUUUGUGACAAAAGGUUGUCCUUACUUCCUUUUUUUGUUUGUUUGUUUCAUUUUUAUUUUUAUUUGUUCUGGGUUUUUUUGUUCUGUUAACUUGAAAGUUGUUUCCCUCAAAUGUAGACAGGGAAUUUUGGUUAUCAGUGCAAAGAAUGUUGGAUCUGUAAUAGUAUAGAGCUUUAUCACAAAGCUUUGUAUUAAUGUGUGGGGUUGGUUUAUUUUUUUUCCUUUCAUGUGGUUCUGGGGAAAACAAAUUCAGAAUUAUAUCUCGUUUCUACUUAAAUGUAGUGUUUAGGGUUAUUUUUUUGUACUGAAGUCUUUAAUGGUGGGUGCAUGCUACUGGGAACAAGUUUUGUAUAAAAGCUUAAAAUCAAGAAUCACUGUGCAUUACUAAGACUGUGUUUAUCACUAGCCUUCUGUUUCCCACACAAAAGGCUAUUGCAUUGAACAAAUUAAUAUGUAUUUUGAUUUACUUAAAAAACAAAAAAAAAGUGCUUGUAAAUUUCUUAGGGACCUGCCACUUUUGACUGUGGAUCAGUUGAUGUACACUUGUAUUAUUAAAGCACUCAAUAAAACACUGUGGCUGAUAAAUGCACUUCUUGCAAGACGGUGCUUUUGCAUUUAUGGAGCACAUAGGCUGCUUCGUCCCCACAUAAUACAGCUGCAGGUUAMAAAACUAUUUUUAGACUUUAACUAUUCACUUCUUCUCUGCGAUGCAUUUCUUAACUCAGAAUUCUUCAUUGUGUCUGUCUUCAUGUACAAACAUCUUCCAGAUUUCAAGGCUUUUCUUUCACAUGUCUGUGCUCAGGCUUGCUUUUCAGGAGCCUCUUGCUGCAUCUUUUACACUGUGGCUUCACUAUAYCCAUCUUGUUACAUUUAAAAUAGUUGGCUAUAAAAAUAGCCUUGCAGUGAAAGCAGAAUAUUGAUGUUGAUUUUAUACAGCAGGCCUCAUUUUGCCUUUCUCCAAGCUCUUUGACUGUAAAAGCAACUGUUAUUUAAAAAAAUAAAUGAAGGUUUUCGAUGGGAAAAUUGAGCCCAUUGCACCAAUCGUUCCCAGCACAUUCAAUGGUAAGGGUAUUUCUAUUCAAAUUUGACCUUCAGGCUAAUUUUAGAUAUGCAGCCAUGGAGGGAAAACUUCUACUUGGCUAAGGAAAUGUGUGGGUGUUGUGAUUUAGAAAAUAUAUACUGUG